AUGAACGUCAUGAAUGAUGCGAGGAAUUGUGGGAAGGUGACGAUGCGCAGAUUUUCGCGGGUUGUUUUGGUAUUGGUGAUUUGUAGCGUGGUUCUGCUCACGUGGAAAUGGGGUUUCGCGCGCAAAAUGAAAGCUGAUGCCGUAUUUGAGAUUUCAGCAAUGCUUUUGAAGUCUCAAGGAAGCAGGAACUUGAGUAAUCCGGACACGACCGAUUAUUCACAGAAUGGUCAAAAACCGCCACCCAAACGACAAUGUCUUGAUCAGGCUGCUGUUGACACUGAUGUUUUUACUGAGCUUAUUAUUCCUCUCUCAAGUGGUCCGACUCUGUCAGAUGCAGUUCGCGGUCACCAAGAGCUCUUCUUCGUCGAACCAUUUUUAUCCGCAGCUCUCGCUCCCUCCUUUCUUGAAGGAAGUGAAAAGUCUUUUCCGCAACCUACUAAUACUACUGUGGGCAUUGUACCACGUAUAAAUGCCCCUAUCUACAAGAGCUUACCAGCCUUUUACCAGCAACUGGACGGCAAUCAUCAAUGA